AUGUCCGACAGCGACUCUGGCGAUGGUAGCCCCAUACAAAAUAUCACAGCUGCAUAUGGGCGCAUCCAACGGCAGUACCAGCAAAUUUUAGACCGAUGGACACCUCAUAUGUUGAAUCGUUGGCUGGCAACUGGUGGGAUACUUUGUGUAUUCCUGCUAAGGGUAGUGUUCGCCCAAGGAUGGUAUAUUGUAUGCUAUGCGCACGCAAUAUACCUCCUUAAUCUUCUCCUUGCAUUCCUUCAGCCAAAAUUUGACCCUUCACUACAAGAAGACCUGCUCGCAGACGAGAUAGAGGGCGGCGACGCUGGCUCUGCUAGCCCUCUUCCAAGUCAGCGUGAUGAUGAGUUCAGACCGUUUGUGAGGCGCCUACCUGAAUGGCAGUUCUGGCUUUCCGCUACAAGGGCAACGAUCUUAGCGCUUCUUGCCACAACCUCGGAAGUUUUUGAUGUACCUGUCUACUGGCCUAUUUUAGUUGUCUACUUCUUCGUGCUGUUUGCUUUGACAAUGAGGCGGCAAAUACAACAUAUGAUCAAGUACAAGUACGUUCCAUUCGAUAUUGGCCGUAAAGCAAGAUACGGGGGUGGAAAAUAG